AUGACCGAACGAAUCGGGCCUAUGCUGCGGCUCUGGGGCCUGCAGACCGACCAGCUGCCCAAGCCAGACGCCUCACCGGCCGAGCUGGCACCGUUCCUCAUCUCCCUCCUGCAGGAAGCCGUGCCCUUCAUCGACGCCGUGGCGCCCAAGUCCGGGUCGCCGGCCUCCGCCGGUGCCAAGCCCGCCGCCGCCGCCGCCUCCGUGUGGAAGCCCAAGGGCCGCAAGACGUACCGCGACUCGGACGCCCCCGUCGACCUCUACGAGCGCGUCAUCCCCGUCACCCGGCUGCAGGUCACGGCCACGCGCAACGAGAAGGCGCCCGGCACGGCGCCCCGCGCCACCAAGCCCGAGACGUGGGUGUGCCGGCGGUCGGUGCACCGCGACGCCGCGGCCGCGGGCACGGCCUCGUGGGCCGAGUUCCGCGCGCGCCUCAAGGACCGCCACGCCGAGUCCGAGGACGCCUUCACGCCCACCGUCGUCGGCGCCCGCGAGGCCAUGGUCUGGCGCUCCGGCUGCGCCGGCGUCGAGGCCGCCCUCGCCGACGAGGCCCGCGGCGGGCAGCAGCAGGCCUGGGGCGACUUCACCCUCAAGGUGGAGGAAAUGCGCCACCGCAUCGGCCGCCCCUUGCUCAAGGACCGCACCUUCCCCGUCCUGCAGAUGACCUGCGCCGCCGUGCGCCCGCCCCGCGACGAGUUCCUCGUCGUCAGCGUCACCCUCGACCCGGGCUUCCGCGGCGCGCCCCAGGCCCAGCUCAGCCGGGACAAGGGCACCGUCAUCGCCGCGUACGUGAGCGUCGAGCGCAUCCGGCGGAUGGAUAGCGCCGGCGGCGACGAGAUCGAGUGGCUGAUGGCGACGGCCAGCGACGCCCGCGGCGUCCUGCCGCAGUGGCUGCAGGUUCUCGCCGUCCCGGGCCAGAUCGCAAAGGACGUGCCCCUCUUCCUCGGCUGGAUGGCGCGCGAGCGCCGCGGCGAGGCGCACCCUCCCGCGGCCGAGCUCGCCACAGAGGCUUCCACCACCAGAAGCAGCGGCGCGGAGUCUCGCGGCGAGGGUGGCGCCCGGGUCCGCGGUCAAAACGGGCAACCUCAUGAGACCUCGACGGCGGCGGCAGGCGCUGGACCCGGUGAAGCCAGGACUGGGAUGAUAUAA